UACGCAUAUUCCUAUGCGACGGACCGACCCGGUAUUAUCAUGGAGACGGAAAGCAGUUGUGAGAUAAUCCCGGAUGUACGGGCCGCGGAACGCGGCAGCUUCAGGUGUCUUUUGUGCGGGGUCAGCGUGCCGAACCGCCCCAGUCUGGCAGAUCACUUGCACGGUCGUCGCCAUGUACGUCUGUGCGAGGAGCGAGACAGACGCCAACAGCAGCAGGAACGAAGUGUGUAUGUGAGCGGCUUCCCCAAAGGUAGCACAGAGGAGCAGCUGAAGGGCGUCUUCCAGGGAAUCGGCUCCGUCAAAAGCAUUGUGAUGGAUAAGGACAGGGGCCUCUAUGCCAUCGUGGAGUUUGAGAGUGCAGAAGGAGUGAAUAUGACCCUGGCAGAGACAGACAUCCAACUGGGAGGACAGCGGCUGAGGGUGAAACCGCGAGAAAAGAAGGAAUUUAAGAAAAAGAAAGUGACAGCAUCCAAAAACCUGCAGCCCCCUAACCCAGAAGAGCUGAGCAUGAAGCUGGUUCGCUGCAGCGAUAUAAAUGAUCAGAUGAGGAAUGUUCUUAGCCUCUGCUCUCCGUCUCAUUAUGAGAGUCGCCUCCGCGAGCUUCUGCUGUCUCUACUACAGGAAACAUUCAAUGAGUUCUUCCCAGGGUGCAAACUUUUGCCCUUUGGCUCAUCUGUAAAUGGUUUUGAAAUCAGCGGCUGUGACCUUGACUUAUAUUUGGAUCUGGGAGAAGAACCGAUGAGAGAGGGUCAUGUGGAUAUGAGAAGACAGGGACAGAAGACAAAUGGAAGAGAGGGAGAGAAAGAUAUGGGAGAGGAGGAAGAGUGGGAGGAAUGGGAGAGAUUAAAGGGACACAAAGGAGGUCAGGACUUAAGUGAAUUAAUGAGCCAUGGAGAAGAGACUGAUGAAGAAGAGGAUAUCUCCCCUGGCCUGUCCCUUCAGGGGGCCUCACCAGAGGAGGUCCUAGAUGUGGUGGGGAAGGUUCUCCGGCGCUGUGUCCCUGGGGUACAUAAUGUCCAGAGCGUCCCAUCCGCAAGACGUCCAGUUAUACGCUUUCAGCAUAAGACAUCUGGUUUGAGGGGAGAUAUCACGCUCAAUAAUCGACUGGCUCUGCGGAAUUCUUCCUACUUGCGACUGUGCUCCGAUCUUGACCCUCGGGUUCCACAGCUCGUCUACACCAUACGAUACUGGGCCAGAGUGAACCAGCUUGCAGGCAACCCAUUAGGAGGAGGACCACAGCUCAAUAAUUACGCCUUGACGCUUCUUGUUCUGUUUUUCCUGCAAUCGAGGAGUCCCCCAGUUAUUCCCACGCUAAUCCAGAUGAGGGAACAUGCCACUAACGAAGACAUCCAGGAGAUAGAUGACUGGGACUGCAGCUUCCCAUCUGACCCCACUCAGCUGCCAUCUUGUAACAACCACCAAGAUCUCAGUUCUCUGCUUUCUCAGUUCUUCACUUUCUUCUCAUCUUUAGACCUGUCCUCUCUCCUCCUCUCCACACGUGAUGGCCUCACUGUUUCACUCCCUUUUUCCUCGUCGCCACCCUCCUGGUCAGAAGGUUUUCGCUUUGGACCAAUUAAUGUCCAGGAUCCCUUUGAGCUGAUUCACAAUGUAUGCGGCAACGUCAGCAUUCGCACGGCCAGGCGCUUCUCCUUACAGUGUGCGGCUACAGCAAAGAUCUGCCGUUCUCCCCUCUACCAGCUGCCUUCUACGUCCCGCCCCUGGGGAGUCGCUUUAAUUCUUCUUCCUUCAGAUUCUGGAGGAGAUAAAGGAGGGAAGGGAAGCACAGAGGUUUCAAUACCUUUGGCAGGAGCUUCACUAAAAGAUGUUUAUGCAGCUCUGAAGAGAACCUUUGCGGAUGUCCUUUUGUGCACGUAUGAGGGGUGUAAGGAGGGUAAAGGGGAACAUUUAGAAAUGUCCACAGGGAAAGCAAGAGUGGAUGAGGUGACGAAAGAGAAGGAUGUUUUUGCUGUUACAGAAGAGCAUGGGGAUCAGGAGAACUUUAAAGGAAAGGUGGAAAAUGAGGAUUUAAAUCUAAGUAAAACCGAGGGAAGAAAACGAGACUGGGAAGAAAAAAACGAAGUGAUUAUAAUAAAGAAAAGGAGAACUGAAGGGAAUGGCCAUAGUGCAGAAGACAAAGUGCAGCCACAGUGUAAAGAGGCCGAUGAGAGUCCAAAGCAGAAUGUCUUAGAAGAGCGCAGCCCCAGAUGGAGGUUGUGUAUCUGGCACAGGGUUUGGGAAGGAAGGCGCAAGCUGAGGAGGAGCUUGCGUGGUGAUGAGGUGCAGGGAGAAAAGCUGGAGAUUGCGGUGUCUCAUGCACUGGCAGCUGAGAAAAAAGAUGAGGGGGAAAAUGAGCCUCUGAUCAGAAUGGAAGCAAAGGCUCAGUUGAAAGCAGAAGGACAAGUGCAGCUGACGCUGACACCAAAGAGUGACCCCUAUAUUCUUUGUCCCCAGUUCUUUCACUUCUUAAGUAAUUUUCUGCCUCGCAUGGUUGGUGAGAUACUAGCAGGUGCAAACUGAAUAUAUUGGCUGAACAACCAAUGAAAUGCAGAUCCUCAAGUUUUUAGCAAGAACCUCCUGUAAAGCUCAGUUCCUCUUUGCCACUGAUAUAGUAGGUAGGGUCAGGACAGAGAAACUGACUGAGAGUCUUGAAGGAUUGUGUUGUUAAAUAGCAUAUAUUCCAAUAAAGAGAAUAUCAAAGAAGUUUCCUCAUGCUUGUACAUAAGAGGGUGGCAGAAUAUUUCAGUUUAGCUAUAUAUGCUUCAGUGCUGAUGUUUCGAGAGAGUAUUGAAUAUAGCUAUUAUCCAUGUAAAGCUACUGUACAUAUAUUCAUAUGUAAAUAAAGGUUGUUGUUUUUUUACAAA